CACAUCGUAUAUAAUCCCACACACUCACACCUACACCUCAAUCAACUCUCUGUCUCUCCCUCUCUCGUUAAUUUAUUUACCCAACUCUCUUUCUCAACCCGGCAACACACAUGGGCUACGGUAGGCUCGAACCGUCCGACCCGGUUGGCGGGUCCACCAGCCAACAAGACGACGCCGCGUUAUCUGCUCCAUCGCGAAGCAGGAGGAACAAGGUAAUCCUCCUCUCCCUGAUCUCAAUUGCGUUGCUCGUUGCGUCCGCCGCCUCGGCGGCCGUACUGAUCGGGCUCCGGACCCGGGCGUCGGGUGGACCCGGUUCAGCGAUUCACCGGAAACCGACCCAGGCUAUAUCCCGGACCUGCAGCAAGACCCGGUACCCGGACCUUUGCGUGAACUCGCUGCUGGAUUUUCCGGGCUCGCUCACGGCGUCGGAGCGGGACCUCGUCCACAUUUCCUUUAACAUGACGCUGCAGCAUCUGACCAAGGCCCUGUACAGCACCUCCGGGAUCUCAUUCCUUCAGAUGGAGCCACGUGUACGGUCCGCCUUCGACGACUGCCUGGAGCUCCUCGAUGACUCUGUCGACGCAUUCUCUCGCGCGCUGCUCAACGUCGGAGUCGCGCAGCAAUCCGGUGCGGCCACUUCCACGAGCGACGUGCUGACGUGGCUGAGCGCGGCGCUCACGAACCAGGACACUUGUAUGGAGGGACUGGCGGACGUGAGCGGACCGGUGAAGAAUCAGAUGGCCGGGAGGCUGAAGGACCUGGAGGAGCUUAUGAGCAAUUGCCUGGCGAUAUUCUCUGGGAGCACUACCGACGACUUCUCGGGGGUUCCGAUACAGAACCGGCGUCGGUUAAUGGAAUCCGAUAUUUCGGAGGAGAAUGCAGGCGGUUUGCCGCGAUGGUUGAGCAAGAGGGACAGGGAGUUGCUGGACUUGCCCGUAUCGGGAUUACAGGCCGAUAUAGUGGUGUCCAAGGAUGGGAACGGCACGUACAAGACGAUUACGGAGGCGAUUAAGAAAGCGCCAGAGUACAGUAAUCGGCGGACGAUUAUUUACGUGAGGGCAGGAAGGUACGAGGAGCCGAAUUUGAAGGUGGGAAGGAAGAAGAAGAACUUGAUGUUCAUCGGAGAUGGGAAGGGCAAAACGGUGAUAUCCGGUAGCAAAAAUGUUCACGAGAAUAUGACGACAUUCCACACGGCGUCCUUCGCGGCAACCGGAGAAGGUUUCAUUGCUCGGGACAUGACUUUUGAGAAUUCGGCUGGACCAGACAAGCACCAAGCAGUGGCGCUCAGAGUUGGCGCCGACCACGGCGUGGUGUACCGGUGCAACAUCAUCGGAUACCAAGACACACUCUACGUUCACUCCAAUCGCCAAUUCUUCCGGGAAUGUGACAUCUACGGCACCGUCGACUUCAUAUUUGGCAACGCCGCCGUGGUAUUCCAAAACUGCAGCAUCUACGCUCGGAAGCCAGGGCCGUCACAGAAGAACACCAUCACCGCCCAAAACCGAAAAGAGCCGACCCAAAACACAGGCAUUUCCAUCCACGCUUGCCGGAUCCUCCCCGCCUCCGAUCUCCAGCCAGUCAAAGGUAGCUUCCCAACGUAUCUGGGCCGUCCAUGGAAGACUUACUCUAGGGUCGUGUACAUGUUGUCCUACAUGAGUGAUCACAUAAGCCCACGGGGGUGGCUAGAGUGGAAUGCAACGGCUCCCGUGGAUAAACUUUAUUACGGCGAAUACAUGAAUUCUGGUCCCGGAGCAGCUUUAGGGCAACGUGUCCAUUGGCCGGGAUACCGAGUCAUCACGGCGACGGUGGAGGCAAGCAAGUUCACCGUUUCACAGUUCAUUGAUGGCUCUUCGUGGCUACCCUCUACUCAGGUCGCAUUCUUAGCGGGGCUGUCUGAGUAAAUUACACAACUGUACCAUAUAUAUAUAUAUAUAUAUAUAUAUAUUAGGGAAUUGGAUUUCCUGUUAUUAGACUGGUUGAAUUUUAUAAAAAUUCAGACGGCUUGAAAGAGGAAAUUAAUAGCGGGUUGAUUUUACAACUUCCUCUUUUUGAAAGCUGUCCAAAUUUUACACGAAUUCAAAUAACCUAACAGUCUAAUAACAGUAAAUCCUCAUCCUUAUGUUAGGUAAUAUUAGGUGAUCUAAGGUGUUGGCUUAAACCCAUAAAUGGAAGGAUCGGGAUGGGGUCCUUUUCUUUGCAAUUGAAUGCAGUAUAUAGGUUUUUUCUAGUUUUUUUUUUUUUAAUUUAAUUUUAUAUGUAUUGCAUUAAUUAUUAUGCAACUGUAAUUGUUCUUCUUGUUCAUUCUGUUGAUUUAACUCAAAGAUGUAAUAGAGGCUAAGAAUUAAUGAAUAGCUUUUUAUCUUCUA